AAGAAAAACUGCCUCGCCAGUCGCCAAUUGCCACGUGACUGAGCCACGAGGUCUUUAUACCGGCGGAGCAAACCGAGGGGCCCCGGCUUGCCUCCCCUCCCCAGACGGUGGCAGCGACGACUCCAACAACCCCGCGCGGAGGCUCCACAACUCCAGCCAGGCACCAUGACCCCAUUCCCAGGGAUGGAUCUUAGUAAAAUGGAUCCUGCAACUCUGACCCUCCUUGGAGCAGCUUGUUGUGUAAUGCUGUCUAUGCAUUUCACUGUGCAAUUGGUGUCACAGCAUCUUUUCUAUUGGAAAAAUCCCAAGGAGCAGAAAGCCAUCCUAAUUAUUGUGCUUAUGGCUCCACUGUAUGCUAUAGAUUCCUUUGUGGGUCUUCUUGAUAUCCAGGGAAGCAAAACAUUUUUCACAUUCCUGGAUGCUCUUAAAGAAUGUUAUGAGGCACUGGUGAUAGCUAAGUUUAUGGCAUUGAUGUACAGCUACCUGAAUAUAUCCAUCAGCAAAAACAUAGUCCCUGAUGAAAUCAAAGGGAGGGUGCUUCAUCAUUCCUUCCCUUUUUCUCUUUUCCUGCCCAAGACUGUCCGAUUGGAGCACAAGACACUGAAGCUUCUGAAGUACUGGACCUGGCAAUUUGUUGUUGUUAGGCCAGUAUGCUCCAUUCUGAUGAUUAUGCUUCAGCUUCUUGGGAUGUACCCCAGCUGGGUCAGCUGGACAUUUACAAUUAUACUGAACUUUUCAGUCUCCAUGGCGUUGUAUGCCUUGGUUCUUUUCUACCACUUAUUUGCUAAAGAGCUGGCACCUCACAAGCCUCUUGCGAAGUUCUUGUGCAUCAAAGGGAUUGUCUUCUUCUCUUUCUGGCAGGGUGCUGCGCUUGAUGUUUUAGCUUCUGUCGGGAUCAUUCAAUCCCACCAUUUCUGGUUGGAUGUGGAGCAUAUCCAGGAGGCAAUCCAAAACGUCUUGGUUAUCCUUGAGAUGGUUAUAUUCUCUGUCAUCCAGCAAUAUGCGUACCAUGUCGCUCCAUACAGUGGUGCCGACAGGGCGAAAUUCGAGAAGAAGAACGAGUGAGCCAAGGUCCCCAAGGAGUUGUAUCCUCAAUGUUUGUAAGAACAAUAACUAGAAAAAGUCGAGAGGACCAGUCGCGUGUACCAAUGUCACCUUGCUGUAAGACCAAGUUAUGCUUCUUUUAGAUGAGAUCACGCUACACUUAUACCUGAAUAAAUGGUGGUCUCGUCUUGCUGAGCUUAUCGAUGAGGCCAUCUAGGAUUGAGGUUCUUGUAUGCACAGUACUAGAGUCUUUGGGGAAUCCAUUAUCAAUAAAGCUAGGGUCUCACGACUGGGAGGCGAUGGUACUGAUCUGCCGAUGAGGCCGGAGUUGUGCUCCCUGUUGCUGGA